AUGGCCAUCAAGACAGACCUGAAUACGGAGUGCAUAACAAAAGAUGAAGGAUUUACAGAGCCUGAGACUCUAAUAUUCUCUGGCCAAUUGAUCAUCUCUGAAAAUGCGCCAUUAACGCCAAUCUACCAACUCAAUAGAGAACUCGCAUGCAAAGUUCAAAGGAAUAUGGCCAUAAUAUUCGAGAGUGUUCAAUUUAAUGAAACCAUCAAUCCUGAAAGUAAAGUCAUUCGAAGGCGGAAAACCAGUCAAGAUCUAUACUACCUGGUACAUCUUCGGGACCCUGCGCUCCAGGACAAUUUACCUACAUACUACAUCACAGCAGCAUCACCAGGAACCUUGGGGAAUAUUCAACUUGAUAUUAGCAGCACCAACCACAAAAAUGAAGAGUUCAGGGCAAUGCUAAAUGCCGACAAGUCUGCAGCGGAUAUCCUGCUAUUUAAUCGCAAUACCCAGCAGCUGCUCUUUGACAUCAAACCCAAGUGGCAAGGCGGUCAAUAUCAGUGGAUUGAUAUGAAUGGAGUAAAAGUUGCGUCUGAGUCGGGGACAAGCGAAGAGCCGAAAUUACAUAUCGAAGUUCCACUACAACAACAACAAAGAGAUGUGUUAGUAGCAUUGUGGAUCUUGAGACUGUGGCACAGUAUUGCUGAGCGUAGAGAAUCAAAACGAGAGGGUGAGUCCAUAUUCACAAAUCGCAGAAUGGUUGCUGAUACAGUCGAAGAACCGAGGCAAGUCGCUGAAACAGUUCAUCCUUGA